AUGACACAGCCGUUGUACAACUUCGAGAUGAGAUCCAACGUCUACCGCUGCCCGGACGUGAGGUUUCCUCAAGCCCAUCGCGUCCGCGUGCUUCUCGAGCACCCUGUAACCGAUACCUCGUUAAAGGGGAAUAUAACGAGGGAGGAGACCCCUGAGGCAGCAGAGGGUCUCACACAACGGAUAUCGCAGUGGACACAGGCUGGCAAGAUUUUAAGUAUCAGGAUCGCUUGCGCUUCAGCAAGUGGAUUGAGUGUCACUAUUCGAGCUCACCACGAUAGGCUAGGGCUGAUUUCUUUUGGUGGGGCCUGCCGAAAAUCCCCCGAACACCACCAAAUGCUAUUCGCGCCUUAUCAAAAAGGCAUGCAAACCGCUGCCAAUACCUGCACACUUGCGGCUCCUUCUCUUUGUUCAGUCCAUCAAGCGGACAAGUGCUCGGAUGUUUGGAGCCGUACUCUUUCUGUUUUAGAUUUUAUUUCAUACUCAAUCCUCUCCAUGGACUCUUUGUGCAGCUGCAAGGAUAUCCGGUUUGAGGCCCCCUGCGGGAGUCUCAAUGAACGACUGAAGAAAUUUGGGAUGAGCAUCUGUCCUGCCUGUUACUACUGGCGGCUGCGUAAAUCCCAACGGUUCAUCAAGGUCAUUGUGGGAGUCUCCACAGACACCACUACCCUCCCUAAAAGGCUUAAAGAUAGCCUCAGAAUCUCCACCAUCAAGCAAAGAAGCGACAUAAUCCUCUGUCGUCAUGGCUGCAGUAUCCAGAAACCAUUACUUGGGGGUGAUGCGAUCCCAAUCUACCGGAAAUGGAGAAGAUCUGGAGCCUUGGGUGAGAUAUUGGUAUGGCUCUUGGACCUAGAGGAGUCAUCUAUUAUCUCGCGGUUGUUAAGAGAUUGCGUUGCGAGCUGCGCUGCCGACAUGAUGUUUAAUAAGAACGUAACUGUUACUGAUUUUGUUCUUACGAAGAGAUCCAGUUCAACGCCGUUAAAUGAACAUCGAAGCCACAAUAAUUUCAUUUUCUGUCUUUCGGUCCCCUGUUACAAAAUCAGCAAGAGACCCAACAACAUGCCAAAUCGAAAGAACACUUCGUCGGACUAUACCCGAAGGUGGAAGCGCACUUGUGUCGAAGCUACAGACUAUGGAGGCUAUAAACCCGCUCUAAAGUCGAGAUCAUCUUCAUCUAGAUUAGAUACCGGCUUGGCUGACGUCCAUCGUCCUCCAAAUCGGAAGAGAAAGCGACUGCCGGAGGAGGAAAGUUCUUUUGAAAUAGAGUUACCCAAAAGAAUGAAACCUAAACGCAAGCGGCAAAUGAAGCUCUUCGAGAACUAUUCGAAUACAUUAUCAUCACCUUCGGACUCGGAGCAAAACGCGAGCGACGAACCCAAACCGAUCCAACCCCAUAACUCAAAUUGGCCUCAUGAGCUCAAUGCCCUCGAGAUCAUUCAAAAUUACGAAAGCUCUGAGUCACCACCCCCACGGUCAGAACACAACCCUGUUGACCCACUAGUCAAGCGCAUCCAGGAAGCGAUAGAAUAUACUCGAGGAAUGCUCGCUGUCGGCCAAUCUAUUCUUGUCCACCACCAACUCACUAUCCCCGUAAACUCGGUAGCAGACCACGAAGCCGAAGCCUUCGAUCUUCUCCGACAAGCUCACAAAGCAGGCCUAGCCGACCUCAUAUACACUAACUUUGAAGCCGAAUGCUACAAAAUCGGGGCUGCACGCAAAGACACAGUGGGCUAUGGACUAAUAGAUCCGCUAUGGUGGAUUGGGAAGAGUGCAGCGGAGAUCAAGGCUGGCCCCUUUGCUAAUGACGAUGAUAUCAGGAGAGAAGAGAGUAUUUUAAAGGGCCUCAAAACAAAGGCUCUUCAGAAGGUGCCCACUAAGAAAUACCUUAAGCAGAUAGAGAAGAUGGGAACCGCUGUACAACGCCAGGAAGAGAGGGACGAGCAUUUGAAGAAAUGGAAGAGAGAGAAGGGGUCGGAUAGCGAUAACUAUAGCGAAGACCCUAACACUAAGUAUAGAGAUAGCGAAAAAGACAACGAAAAGACCUCGGGAAAUGAUGGCGACGAUGGUAGCGAUGACGGUUGGGAUGAUGGAGAUGCAGACGAUAAGGGUGAUAUUGUUUCCACACCCACCAUAACAUGUGCUCCAAAGACCAGGGCUGGUUAUUCGAAUCUGACCAGGGGGCCAAGAGCCAUCCCCCGCUCCUCCAAACGGUCAAGUUCCCCCAUAUCAGACGACAAAUCUUUCACCUCACGCACACGAGCCUUAGCUAGAGGGAAGAAGAAUCCGAGAAGAUCACCAGGCGCGAGCUCUCCAGAGUCUGAAAAACCCUUGUCCUCACUAAUGCGGAAAACCACUACAAGUUCUUCAAACUCUACGAACUCGCGCCCAGCCCAGGAGGUGAAGAGAGUUCAUUUCCUCCAAGACCUACACGUUUCUCAUCACCGAGACUCAAAACCUACAUCGUUGGAAGGCUCUACAAGCUCUUACGGCUCAGAUGACGAAGCACCACCCCUCGUGCUCAUGCUAGGAAAGCCGUUCGAAAACAGGGGGCGAAGAAGGCGAAGGCGCGAAAGGCGUUUUACGUAUUCAGAACAAGGUAGCUUUGGUGGAGGAAGUAAAGACGAGCUGAGAGGGAGGAGGUCGAGGGGCAUGAAGUCGGCAGAAAGUGGCGACGUGGAGAAAGAGGGCGAGGUGCACAAAGUAGAAGUAAAGGAAGAUGGAGAAGUGGGAAAAGUGGUUAUAUGUAAAAAGAAUAUUUUUGAGGUACUUGAAUUGGGCAUGAUACCCUGCGUAUUCAACCUUAAUUUUGCUGUGUAUUGUAUUUGUGAAGACUGCCGGGACACCAGAAAAUCCGACUUCAAAUUGGGAGCAGGGCUCAUGUCCCAAACGAUUGCUGCUUCGUCAGCUUUCGAUACAGCCUUCGGUAAGUGGAUUGAGAAUAGUAAAGAGCUGUGGUUGCAAGCAUGUUGA